AUGAAGAUGAAUGCUACAAGUUUAUACACAUCAACUUCAAGAUUAAUACUGUUAGCUGACCCAGCGGAUAAAAGUUCUUGGUCCGAUUUAUAUCGUCUUGUUCCUUAUUUAAGACAAUCAUUAUCAUGUACUGUUUGCGGAAAUUUACUAAAAGAGCCUUUUACUCCUGAGAGUUCCAAUUGCCAGCAUCAUGUGUGUAAAAAUUGCAUAGGUGGAAGAAAAAAAUUAAAGCCCUCUUGUAGUGAGUGUAAGGAUUAUGAGGAUUAUACUGAUAACAGUCUGUUAAGGACUCUUCUUCAAUGUUACAAAAAACUUUGUGAGUAUUUUAUGGAUACAGAAACAUACAGAGUUUUAGUAGAAGAAGAUGCUUCAGUAGUUGGGCAAAAUGGUGGUGUUGUUGCUAGUUCGGGUUUGAUAGAUUUGAUAAGAGAGGGGGCCCGUUUUGAUGAUGAUUAUAAGUGUAAUGCUGGCCUAUCAAAAUCAGCAUAUAGUAUUUUGCCAUGUGUCUAUAACUCUUCGUCAACUCAAACCCAGGCUGCUUCAUCAUCAACUAGUAUAGAAACAAGGUCUUCUAAUAAAUACACCACCAAUAACAGAGAUAUAUCCAAUGGAUCUCCUUUAUAUUCAGUUAUGUAUGCAGGAUCUGGCAACAAAAUAACAAUUAAAAGAAAAAAUGCUGAUGACACAGAAGUAACACAAAGUGAGAAUAGCUUACUAGAUGGCAAAACGAGUCAACUUCCCUUUAAGAAGCCUUCAAACCGAUCACGCAACCCUGGCAGUAAAAGAAAAGGUUGCCGUUGUGGUAAUGCUACAGCAACUCCUGGAAAACUUACUUGCUGUGGUCAGCGUUGCCCCUGUUAUGUUGAGAGUAAGCCUUGUACUGAAUGUAAAUGUAAAGGUUGCAGAAAUCCACAUAGGGCAGAUGGUUUAAAGGUUCGUCCACACUUACCACAUAUAGAUACCCUACAAUUAACACUUAAUAUGAAUCCCAGCAGUUCACCGUCAUGUUCAGGAUCUAUGGACAGUCUCGAUACUGAUUCACUAACAAUGGAGGCCAUGGAGGAAUCUCUUGGGUUCAGUGCAGAUUAUAAGUCACCGAAUCUCAAAGUAUACACAAGCCAGAUACAAGAAGUGUCGGCAUCCUUACCAGCUACAAUAUUAAUGGAUGAAGAGCUCCCAGCCUCUCCUGACAAUUUAAGCUCUCCAUGUGAAUAUGCUCAGUAUUCUCCUAGAGGAACAAAUGAUACUGAGCUAUCACCACAAUCCACAGGCACACAGGAUAUAAUGAGUGACCCAGAAUUAGAUGCGUGA